AUGACGCGACGCAAUCGAGAAGCAAAGAGACUCAUAGACAACGCAAUGCCGUCGUUGAUGGAAAACAAGUCAAGGCUUGGUGGCAAUUAUACCACAAAAGCUUUCCUCUCGUUCUCCAUCCCUCUUUCAGCUGUUCUCGCUUUGUACUUGGGUUUUCGGCAGCCACUCCUUCCUGUACUGCGUUCAUACUUGCCCAGGCGACUUGAUGUGUAUCUCCCUGCUAGGUUAUGGGAGGCUACGCCAGCAGUCAACUUGGACGGAACUCUAAGCCCAGGGGAUUUACUGAAAGCGUGCGAAGGCCACCAAUACACGACCGAGAUCAUAUCUCUCGAUCCUCUCCUGAUCUAUAUCAACAACUUCACGUCUGCGCAGGAAGCAGAAGAGCUCAUCAAACUUGGCUCCCCAGAAUUUGCCGAAUCCUUCAUCAGCCGUUCACGAGGCAGUACCCAACGCGUCACAGGCCGCACCUCUCAGUCUGCGCCCCUCCCUAUGAAUGAUCCGCUAGUCUUGUGUCUUCUGAGCCGCGCACGAAAGUUCAUGGGCUCUAUGCUCCUCCCCUCGGAACCCUUCAGUAUUCCGCAACUCGUACGGUACUUCCCUAGCCAAAAGUACGACCUACAUACAGACUUCUGGCCUGAACACCAGAUCACUAGUCUCGAAGAUGGCAAGCAGGUAUACUUCAAUCGCAUCGCUUCAUUUUUCGUUUUCCUACGCGACAAUUGUACAGAGGGUUAUACGUACUUUCCUCUUGUCGAACCUUCGUUGCCCAACAUCCUGGAUGGUACAUACAAUGACAGGAUAGCGCAAGGUGAGAUGAACGGAGAAGCCAAGGGCAUCAAAUUCAAGCCGAUGCGGGGGAACGCGGUGUUUUGGGUUAAUCUGGAUAAAGACGGAAAGGGUGAUCGGAGGGUAGUGCAUGCCGGACUCCCGGUGGACGAAGGAGAGAAGAUUGGGCUGAACAUAUGGCCAAGGAAAUACUUUGGCUAUGUUGAUGGCGGCGAUGAGGACAGGGAAGGGAUGGCGACAAAGGAGGGGUGGAGUGGGAGAUGGAAAGACUGA